CCCAGCGAACCGGAACCUAGAAAUCCCUAGUCUCCCUCGAUCUCUCCGCCAUCCCCUCUUCUAGUUCUCUUCCUCCGUGGCUCUCCGCCUCGCCUCCUCAGCCACCGACGACAACUGCGACGGUGGAAGAGGGCGCCGGCCGGCAUAGCCUCCGUGUCCUCCUCCUUCUCUCGGAUCCCAGCAGGUACUCUGUCUCUUCUCUCUCUGCCCGCCCUCUUCUAAGCCUGCGGCGAUCCGGCCCGAGAAUGAUUAAUUUUUCCCAGAACGACAAAUCCAACUGUAACUGAUUCUAUAAUGGAGAACCCAAUCAUGGAGAAUCCACAGUCAGCAACAUUUUCUUCUACUGAUGUUGAUCAUCACUCAGAGAAUAUGAUCCCACAUCAUCCAAAUGACGAGUAUCUAGAUUUGGAGUGUUCGGACACUUUGUGACACCUAGACAUGCACCACUCAUGCCAAGAAGGGACUUGGCUAAGGGAGGCUGAACUAAAAUGUGAUGUCAGUGCUGAAGAAAUCAGAAGUAUAAUGGAGGUCAUUGCUGCAACUGGAAAAUUCUGGCAUGAUUGGGACAUGCUGAAAAGCUUGCUAUCAUUUCGGCUAAAGCAGGUUUUGGCAGAAUACCCUGAAGCCCAAAUGGUCAGUGGUGUUGAGUCACAGCAGAGUUCUUUAUCAGGCGAAACAUAUCCAGAGUUAGUAAAACGACUGGAUGAAGCUCUAUUAAGUUUUGUGGAAGGUCCUCCAUUUACGCUGCAAAGACUCUGCGAGAUUCUUCUGAACCCAAAAGGCACAUAUACAAAUCUCUCGAAGCUUGCAUUGGCCUUGGAAAAGAAUUUGCUGGUGACAUCUACCCUCACCAUGUGCACUGACCCAUACCCCACCGAAGUGGUCCAGAAACCAGAUGAACCUGAUAAGGCAAGCGAGGUGCCCAGCGGUCAAACUGAUCCAGUCCCAAAUGGAGUUGAAACUGUGGCAGGUGAUGGUGAUGAAGAAAUGACUGAUGCAGAGGCUGAUGAAAAUACGACAAACACCGAUUCUGAGAUGCAAGAAGAAAAGGUUACUGAAACAUCUGAUGGUGAUUCUGACAUUAGAUCUGAUGCCAAUCCUUCCCAGGAGCUUUGUACGUCAAGUGAACAGCAAAAUCGUUAAAAACUUCAGAGGUGCCAUGAAGGAAAUGGAUUAGAUUUAGCUUGCUUGACACUUGGAGGGUGAAUGAAAUUAAAAUAUUCUGUUCCCACUGUUUUAGUUGAAGAUAUUAAUAGUACGGUGUUUGGUUUGCAUGACCCUAACAAGGGAAGAUACCAUAUAUCUGUAGAACCUAAAACAUCUACUCUGCUAGUUUUGAAUUAUAGUUUUCCUAUACAGAACAAUUUAUUGUAAGCAUACUACGAUUCAGAUGGCACCGGGCAUUGUUUCAAACUGUGAACAUCAUGAGGAUACCAACUAGCUCAGUUGUUAAAGCCACUGGGUAUUCAAUAUGAGUGAUGUGGGUCA